AGCUUGGUGGGGGUUCCUUGAACGGACAAGAAAAAAAAAACUUGGCUUCAAAGUCGACACCUACUACGGGAUGUUUAGUGAAUACCAUAUAAUUAGCUGUCCGAUUUGCGGCUUACCAUUGUCAUCGAAAGUAUCUCCUUAACCGUCCAUAUCUCUUAAAAUUUCUUCGUGUCACUCUGCUUACGUUAACUUACACAUUACACGCUGCACAAGUUGCACAAAUACUCGUAGUGGGGCAGUCCAACUCCUAUCGAACAAUGUCUACCCAAGACGUACCCAAGACCUGCAAGGUCGUACUAGCAGAGACCAUUGCUAAAGGCCUUCUUACUGAGGUGAAGAAUACAUUAAAGUCUAUCCAGAAGGACAAUGAAGGUCAACCUACCCUAGUAGCCUUCCUUGCCAACGAUGACCCGGCAGCGGUUAAGUAUGCUGAGUGGUCAAAGAAGACUUGUGAAGAGAACGGCUUUACCUUCGACCUACGUCAAGUAGACAAGGAUAAACUGGAAGAAGAGAUCAUGAAUGCCAACGAGGACAACAAAGUGGAUGGCAUCAUUGUCUACUAUCCCAUCUUCCCUGGCAACCCGGCUCAUGACCGCUACGUUCAGGAGACCGUAUCGCUCGCAAAAGAUGUUGAGGGUCUCUGCCAUAAACACAUUCACAACAUGUACUACAAUGUCAGGUUCUUAGACCCUCCUCACAAUUUGAAGAAGUCCAUCCUACCCUGCACCCCUCUAGCAGUGGUCAAGAUCUUGGAGUAUCUCCAGAUUUACAACUCUAUUCUCCCCUACGGAAACCGGCUUUUCGGGAGAACUAUUACCGUCAUCAACCGUUCGGAAGUCAAUGGUCGCCCGUUGGCUGCCCUGCUUGCCAACGAUGGUGCCACGGUAUACUCGGUUGACAUAACCGGAGUUCAGGUCUUCACUCGUGGACAGGGUAUCAAGCAGCCACGACACCAGGUCCAUAACAAAGAGGGCUGGACCUUGGAGCAAUGCAUACCCAUCAGCGACGUCAUCAUUGGUGGUGUUCCCACAGAAAACUUUAAGGUGCCGACGGAGCUCAUCCGCGAUGGAACCGUCUGCAUCAACUUCUCUUCAUUCCGAAAUUUCGAUGGACCCGCUGUCAAAGAGAAGGCGUCCAUCUACGUCCCUUCAGUUGGCAAAGUUACCAUUGCCGUUCUACUUAGAAACCUCGUGCGCUUGAUUGCAAACCGCCCUUCAACUAACAAAGAUGGAUCUACCGACGAGAGUACGCAGAAGGCUAAGAACGAGGCAUUCGUAGAUGGUUAAAGAGUAGAAAACACAAGCUGAUGCCCUGAUAUUUCAUAUACUACCAGAUCUCUUUUUAGAAUUGCAUAGGUAGAUAUCAACUGGACCAGCAACUUAUUGAGAAUCAUUCAUAUCUCUUGGUGUCUUAUUUAGGCAAUUUUCCUCGGAGAGAA